AUGUCGGAGACCGCUCCUGCCGCUCCCGCCGCCGCGCCUCCUGCGGAGAAGACCCCGGUUAAGAAAAAGGCGCCCAAAAAGCCGGCCGGGGCGCGCCGGAAGGCGUCUGGGCCGCCGGUGUCCGAGCUCAUCACGAAGGCUGUCGCCGCUUCCAAAGAGCGGAGCGGUGUGUCUUUGGCUGCGCUCAAGAAGGCGCUGGCAGCCGCGGGCUACGAUGUGGAGAAGAAUAAUAGCCGCAUCAAACUGGGUCUUAGGAGCCUGGUGAGUAAGGGCACUCUGGUGCAGACCAAGGGCACCGGUGCUUCCGGCUCUUUUAAGCUCAACAGGAAAGGGGCCACUGGGGAAGCCAAGCCCAAGGCUAAGAAGGCAGGUGUGGCCAAGCCCAAGAAGGCCGCUGGGGCAGCUAAGAAGCCCAAGAAGGCCACGGGUGCGUCCACCCCGAAAAAAACCGCCAAGAAGACCCCGAAAAAGGCGAAGAAGCCAGCCGCAGCUACUGUGACCAAGAAAGUUGCCAAGAGUCCAAGGAAAGCUAAAGCUGCUAAACCCAAGAAGGCCGCCAAGAGCGCAGCUAAGGCAGUGAAGACCAAAGCCGCCAAGCCUAAGGUUGCCAAGCCCAAGAAGGCUGCACCGAAAAAGAAGUAG